CUUCUCUUUCAUUUUUCUUUUCGCUUCUCUUUAUUUAGGAAUCGGAAUCAAUUCCUGAUGAACUUUUAAAGAGAUUCAAAAGAUAUUUGAGUUAAUCCACCAACCACUUGAUUCCAAACACAAAAAAAAUGUCUCACCCAAAGUGAGACUAAUCAUCUCUCUCUCUCUCACUUCAUCCAGUUUUUUUCUCUUCUGUUUAUUUGUUAUCAUCUUGUUACCAGUCUGUUAAUUUUUUACUAUUAUGAAUAAGUUAUUUAAUAUUUAUCACAAUUAACAGACAUUUAAAUUUAUCUUCAUUCCAUCUUCUUGGAUAAUCAUCUUCAUCAUCAAUUUGUAUCCUCUCACCUUUGGAUGAUUCUCAAUUUCCAGGUUUUACCGAACCAAUGAGAGAGAUGUAAACAUUGGAUGAUUGUUCAGCUUUUUAAUUAAUUGUUGAAUUCUAUGAUUAUCUUCUUACUGUUCAACUUGAAAGUUACUCCAUCAUCAUUUCCAAUCAAAGAUCAAUAUCUUCUAAAUUAUGACAGAUCACAGUUUAGAUGUAACUCAAUUACCUCAAGAGGUUAGAGGUAAAUUAGCUGAACUUGAUUUAGAGUUGAGUGAAGGUGAUAUUACACAGAAAGGCUAUGAAAAGAAAAGAUCUCGCCUAUUGGCUCCUUACCUCUCCUGCCAACCAGCCCAAGGAUCUGCAAGUCCAUCAACUCGUGCCAAAAGACGUGUCCACCGGCGGGUAACUCGCCAUGAGUCUCGUUACCAUUCUGAGGUUCGGCAAGAAGCCGUUCAACAAGCGUUAGCAGCUAUGCAAAAUAGGGUAAAACCCUCAUUACCCAUGCCAUCUAAACGAACCUCUCUCAUGGCAUCAACAACCUCACCUUCAAGAGAAAACAGACCUGGAAUAACUGAUUCAUCUUCAGACGAUGAAGAUGAAGAUUCAUUAAUUAAUGAGAGCAGUGGAGGUGGUACACCUGAUGAUGAUCUCUUUAUUUCUUGUCGUCCAACUCACAUUGUCAGUGGUCAUCAUGUUCGUCAACCAACCCAAUCAUCUCGUGAUCAUCAUCAUAAUCAUCGUCAUCGUGAUCAACAUUAUCAUCAUCAAUCAUCAACCGAUACUUCAACCACUUCAUCACCAGCCCAUGAACCCAAUUUACCACCUCAACCAUUACCACCUAGAGUAAUUGGUGUUCAAGGUUUUCGUGAUCAACAGCCACCAGCAUCUCCAUUAGAACAUCGAAAUAAAGAAAAGAAAGAACCAAAAGGUCCAUCUAUUGUUCCAAGGGAAAGUUCUAAACAAUCACAACGACAAUUACAGUCAGUGUUUCAAAAUCAAUUAAAAGCUCAUCUUAAAGAUAAAUUGAAAACUUCAUCAAUACCAGUACCAACUUCACCUCAACCCUUAAUACCACCAGCUUCAUCUAUGCAACAACAACAACAACAACAACAACCAUCUUUAAUUCCUACACCAAUAACAUCAUCAUCAACCAUAGUUAACAACCUUAUCUCUGAUAAUGAUCAAGCUCCAUUACCACCACCUCAUCAGUCAACUCAAUUUCCACCUAGAAUGUUGAAACAACAUCAUCUUAACAACAAUAAUAACAACAAUCUUAAUUGUAACAUCAAUAUCACCAACAACAACAACAAUAAUCUCAGUGCAAGUAAUAAUAAUAAGGAUAAUAUAAGUCGUGGUUCAGGUGAUGGAACAGGUAGUGGGGGAAGUAGUUAUGAUGAUAAUUGUAGUAGUAAUGAAAGGCCACCAGAGAAACCACCUCAAAGAAUAAGCUCUCGAUCAGAUAGUGCAAACAUAAUGAGUCUUUCAGAUAUGUUACAAAGCUUAUCAACAACAAAUUCAAGUUUCUCUCAACAAUCUCAACCUGAUGUUACUAAAACAAACAAUGGUAAUAAUAACGGUACUGGCGAUGGUGAUUCACUUAGUAGGACUUCCCCUUCGAGUCAAGAUAUUGGCCCUGAAUAUGAUAACGUUUAUGGUCAACAGCAACAACAAGAUUCUGCUUCAACAGGAUCUCCAAUGAGAAGUAGUAGAUCACCAUCAAUUGAUACCUAUGGAACUGGUCGAUGGAAAGUUUCUGCUAAAAUACAGCAAUUAUUAAAUACCCUUAAAAGACCCAAGAAAAGGCCACUUCGUGAUUUUUAUAUUGAUGAUGAAACUGAUCUAGAAAUUGCUGCAAAUCAAACAGAUCCUUCAGCACCCAGACCAGAGGGAAGUACAAUGUUACCCUCGGUCAGUGAACCUUUAAUUGUUUCUUCUGGUUUACCUAAAAGUCUUGAGGAAGCUCUUCAACGCUAUGGUUCAGCAACCUUAAAAGCACCAGCGGUAACUGUCCUCGAUCCAACCGGUAAAAUAAGUCCUUCAAUAACUUACGGUAAAUUGCUUAGUCGAAGUCGUAAGAUCGCUUAUAAUUUACUAAAUAAAGUCGGUGGUCAGAAAAAUAUCAACAAUGUAACUGGUGUUGAAACAAACACAAUUAAACCAGGAGACAGGAUUGCAUUAGUUUAUCCCAAUAGUGAUCCAAUUGGAUUUAUUUGUGCUUUCUAUGGUUGCCUAAUGGCCGGAAUUGUACCAGUACCAAUUGAAGUACCAAUGACCAAGCGAGACGCUGGUUCUCAACAAAUUGGUUUUCUACUUGGUUCAUGUAAUGUUUCAUAUGCAUUAACAGCUGAUGCAUGUUUCAAAGGAUUACCCAAAUCACCUGGUACCGGUGAGAUUCACACAUUUAAAGGUUGGCCUCCGAUUACCUGGCUGGUACCAGAUAAUUGGUCUAAACCACCGCGAGAUUGGGCACCACCACCAAGAAUAUCGGAAGAGGCACCAGCAUACAUUGAAUAUACUCUAGAUAAAGAUGGUUCCAUGAAGGGUGUUUGUAUAUCCCGACAAGCAAUGAUUUCCCAUUGUCGAGCUUUAACCUCUGCCUGUAGUUACACGGAAGGUGAUGUUAUGGUGUGUGUGUUAGACUUUAAACGAGAAGUGGGUCAUUGGCAUUCGGUAUUGACCAGUGUUCUCAAUGGAAUGCAUGUAAUUUUUAUUCCCUAUUCAUUAAUGAAAAUUAAUCCCUCCUUUUGGAUGUUGAUGAUCACCAAAUUUAAAGCGACCGUUGCCAUAUGUAAAUCUCGUGACCUUCAUUGGGGUUUAUUGGCUACAAAGGAGCACAAAGAUGUAAAUUUAGCUUCUCUACGAAUGUUAUUAGUGGCCGAUGGUUCAAAUCCAUGGUCACUCUCAUCAUGUGAUCAAUUUAUCAAUGUAUUUCAUAGUCGUGGACUACGCCCUGAUGCAGUUUGUCCUUGCGCCGCAUCACCUGAAGCUCUUACAGUUGCCAUCAGAAGGUUUCUGGUUUCCGGAUGAAAGUUGCAAUUCUCU